AACAUGAAUCAUGCAAAACGCGUCUGAUACCCGACAGUUCAGUGCGUGAAUGAAGUCAUUCGGGGUUGUUCAGACACAGUCAUAGUUCCUAAAGAUUAUCAUCACUUUCAUAGUCUGUUUCGACCUGUGAAAAUCAGCAUCUCUCAUGAAUUUCUCAGCAAGUAACGACUACUGCGGGGAUGGCAGAUUCGUCCAACAUUCCGUCAUCAUGCAACACAUUGACAAACUGGAGUUGAGACCAGAAGACACGGUACUGGACGUGGGGUGCGGUACUGGGGAAGAAACCAAGUCAAUGGCAGGGAAAGUCAAGAGUGUAACAGGCGUUGACGCUUCAGAGGAAAUGGUAGCGGUGGCCGUUAAGACCAACUCGGCACCAAACGUAGCAUACAGUCAAUGCGACGCCCGAGCCGUGGGAGACAACCCGGACUGGCGAGAGGGAUUCGACAAAGCUGUCUGUUUCUUCGUUCUUCACUGGUUUCCCGAGCAGACCCAAGCGCUCCGUAGCAUCUCGGCGUGUCUGAAGCUGGGCGGGCAGACACUUUUUAUCUUCGAGAACCACGAUGACCUCUUCAUUUUAACCCAAGCGACUUCCUUCUUGAAAAGUCACGAGAAGUGGGGUGCUUUUGUCCAGGACUACAAGUCAUCACUGCACUUUUGGGACCUAUCGGUCCAAGAAACGCAGAAAGUCUUCAAAGCGUGUGGCUGGGCCGAGGCUAAGUGUGAAGUGAGGAGACACGAACUGGUCCUGUCUGAAAUUCAGUUAAAAUCUGGUAUGUCAUUUCCCGAAUCCAAGGACGUUUAA